UAUGUUUUUUAACAGUUACAUGAACAGAGUCAGCAGUCAAAUUCAUAGAACAGUCAACUUCUAAAGAAAACAAUAUAUAUAAAAAAGAGAGAACAUAAAAUUAUUAAACGUAUAUAAGCACAGUAUAAGGAGAAGAAAAAAAGUAUAAACAUUUGUUAUACACAUGUUGGAGUUACAUCUGGGGGAGAACAUAUUUUAGGAUUCUAUUGGGGCUUAAAUAUUCAACAUACAACAUUCUGGAAUCUUUAUCACGUACUGCUGUAAUUCUCAGAAACAUCAGAAUUAUACUAUCUUAGGAAAAAAAUGAGAAAAAGGAAAGAGAAGUAUUGGAAGUAAAUACUAGUUCUAAUGAAAUUGUAGAUCACUCAUGCUGAAAAAUACAUAGAAAGAAAUAAUAGACAGAAUGAUAAACACUGGAUAUGUUAAAACACUGGAGAAAGUCUUAGAGACAUGAAAAGAACCAAAGUAAUUGUCUAAAUAAAUCUGAUAGCACGUGCCUAGAAGAUAGUUCCUUUGUAUGUAAAAGAAAAUGAAUAUAUUGAUUCAAGCAAUAGUGGACUGAAAUUUUUAAACUACUUCAUAGAAUAGUGUUCUAUUAUUUACAAGGUUACUGAGAUAUAAGAUUGUUGUAAUUCAACUGUUAUUGUGUUUUGGUGGUUAAGCUUACUGAUAGUGGACUUCUGGUGGUGAUACCAAGAUGCAAUGUUUUUGGCUGUUUCUUUUGGCCAUUUUUAUACUGUAUUGUUGGGGUAGACCUCAAGAAGAUCCAAUCACACAGCGUAAACAAGAACUUGUUUUGAGGGCUGAACAAUUGAGAAUACAGUCUCUUAAAGAACCCUGUCAGUUGUCUAAAGUAAAGUCUCCAGCAAUACCCCACAGCCAAACCUUUGGAGCACAUCCUUUACAUCGUCAACGAAAGAAGGAGCAGGGUUGCAAAGCCGAUGGAUCAAGCAUUUGUGAUCCAACAACUAAAAAAAUGGAAAGAUACAAAAAUACAAAGAAAAAAGAUACAAAGACUAAGAUUCAAACUUCCUCGGCUACAGUGAACAGUUAUGAUAUUCAUCAGUUCAAAAAUGUACAUUUUUCUAAAAGUGUUUUAAAACACAUCUCCCAUCCGAGAAAGGCAAGGCUUAAGCGACAAAUUGCUCAAAUGAAAAAGAAGGGAAGAUAUUCAAGAUCUACAGAGGCAUAUAAUGCUUCACAUGACAGAGCAAAUCACUCCAUGUCAUUCAUACGAAUUAAGAAGCAACCUGUUGAUGUCUCGCUAUAUUUUUCUGGUGUCCAUAGUCAGUUGGUGUUACGUACAGAUGCAGAUGUAAGAAUACCCCGUGACAAAUUUACAGUAACGCUAUGGGUGAAGCCUGAAGGAGGUCAAAAUGAUCCAGCCGUUAUAACAAGCAUGUUCGAUAAUUGUUCUCAUGUAGUAAAUGAUCGUGGUUGGUCCCUUGGGAUACGUCCAGCUCUGUCUGGUUCAAAAAGAGAUGCUCGUUUCUACUUUUCAAUCCGUACGGAUCGUUCUCAGAGUGCCACACUCCUGCUGUCUCCACAUCGUUAUAAACCCAAUACCUGGACUCACAUUGCUGUCAGUUAUGAUGGACAAGAGGUUUUCCUGUAUGUGGAUGGAAUUCUGGUUUCAAGAGCACAAGGUCAGCUCGGUGCUCUACACAGUCCAUACAUUUCUACAUGCAGAAAUCUCAUGCUUGGAGGGGACAGUUCAGAAACUGGGAACUGCUUCCGUGGUCACCUUUCCUCCCUAAAUCUCUGCAGAGAGACUAGAACUCAGAAACAGUUGAGAAAGGAAGUCAUAAUGGGAGGUUCUCAUAGAGAGUUAAAGUCAUCACCAUUAGUUAACUACCUCAAUUCACCACCAGGUAAUCUAUGGAAGCCAUAUACAGAUGGUGGGUUUGUACAGAUAACAGACAUCACACCAGAAAUUGACUUAAUGUCACCUCUCAAGCUUCCUCUUUGUGGAAAGACUACUUGUGAUUUGCCUGAUGUAAUUGCUGGGUACAGCAGAGCUAGGAUAAAAUUGGAUAAAGAAGUACGCUACCGUGUGAUUAAUCUUUGCGAGGAUGAUGGGUCUAGACCUUUGGUCAGUAAUGAGCAGAUCUUAAGGCAACACAAAGUGUUAUAUGAUGCUUUUAGUCCCCAUGGCAUCCACUGGGAACUUCAUGUGCAAGAAAUACAUAACUCCAGCCUAAGAAAUCGAGCAGUACUUCCAGGAUGUGAGCCUGGCAGGGUGGGGAAUGAGCACUGUGAUCCAGAAUGCAACCACCCAUUGACUGGGUAUGAUGGAGGAGACUGUGGUUUCCUCUGGCUCUGUAACCCCAGAAAGAGGGGAGAUGGAAUAUGUCAUUCUGAAUGCAAUACAGCAAGGGAUGAUUAUGAUGAAGGGGACUGUUGCCUACACCAAAAAUCUGGCAAAAGUUCAAGAACAUGCUUUGAUCCUGAUGCUCAGGGAAGAGUUUACAUGAGUGUGAAAGAACUGAGAGAAGCUUUGAAGCUAAACAACACCUUCCACCUGAACGUGUAUUUUGCUAGCUCAGUGGGUGAGGAAUUAGCAGGAGCAGCCACUUGGCCUUGGGAUAAGGAAGCGCUCAGUCAUCAAGGUGGAUUAGUAUUGAAUCCUUUAUACUAUGGCAUUCCAGGCCACACCAAUACCAUGAUUCAUGAAGUUGGUCAUGCUCUUGGGCUGUACCAUGUCUUCAAAGGUGUAAGUGAGCUUGAAUCCUGUGAUGACCCAUGUAGUGAGAUUGAACCUUCCAUGGUGACAGGGGAUCUUUGUGCAGAUACUUCUCCUACACCAAAAAAUAAGCUUUGCCAAGACCCGGACCCAAUAAAUGACACAUGUGGGCCAAUGUUUUACACUGGAACUCCCUACAAUAACUACAUGAGCUACAGUGAUGAUGACUGCACUAAUAGUUUCACACCAAAUCAAGUAGCUCGAAUGCACUGCUACCUCGACCUAAAAUACCAAGGAUGGAGUAGAAACCAGAAGCCUUCGUCUAUACCUCUGCCACCGACUGUAGUCAAGCAGAGUUCAGAUACUCUUACAAUUCAAUGGAUGCCUCCUAUUGCUGGAGAAGUGUUUGAAAGGGAUUCAGGAUCUGACUGCAUCUUAUGCGCUGCUGAUGGGUCGUUUCACCAAUAUGUUCACCAAGCCUCCUCUCCGCGGGUCUGUGAUUCUUCUGGAUAUUGGACACCUGAAGAGGCAGUGGGUCAUCCAGAUGUAGAUCAGCCCUGUGAGCCGAGUUUACAAGCCUGGAGCCCUGAACUCCAUUUAUACCACACUAAUAUGACUGUACCUUGCCCUCAACCUCAAGGGUGCAUGUUAGAGCUACUGUUCCAUAAACCGGCCCUCCCACAGGCUCUAUAUAUAUGGAUAACAUACCUCUCCCCAAAUCUACCCAAUCCGCUGUCAAACCUUGAGAUGCUGCUGGAGAACGGGAAUACAAUGUCAUUGGGAAGUAUGGAGGCAUUCUGUGAUAUGCCCUUAACCAUCAAGCUAAACUUAAAUGAAAAUGUCACUGGUAUUCGUUUAUACACGUUUGAUGAGCGGAUGGAGAUAGAUGCAGCAUUGCUAGUAUCCAAACCCAAUAGUUCUUUUUGCUCGUUGUGUAAGCCUGUGAGAUACAGAGUGCUGAGAAAUCCUCCCUUCCAAGGAUAUUAUCAAGGAAUAUGGAUCCACAACCACCGCUCAUUCACAGAUACAGAUGUCACUCCAGGUCAAAAAUAUCAGUAUCAAGUGCAGGUGGCAGCCGGAGCGACAUUGGGGGAGCCAUCGCUUACUCUGACUCACAUACAUGGAGCAUCUUUUUGUGGCGAUGGGAUAAUUAAUAAGGAACACGGAGAAGAAUGUGAUGAUGCUGGCCUACAUGAUGGUGAUGGAUGUUCCAGGAAGUGUGAACAAGAGAAAAACUACUUCUGCAGAGGAGAGCCUAGUCUUUGUUCCAUAGAGAAUGAAGACAUUUCCAGUGAAUUCUCUGAUAACAGCCUUGGCAUAUCUGCUAAUUACGGGGAACAAAAGUCAUACGAGUAUGCCUACCAGUGGGCAUCACAGGCUGUUACUUCUAAUCCUAAGGAGUGCCCAGUUUCAGAGUUGACUCAAGAGUCACUUCAAAAGACUUGUCAAAAUUCAGCCCUUUUAUCUGAGGUUCAAGACCUGUCGGUUUGGUUCCCCUGUGCAGCAAGACUCAGCAUAAUGAGGGAGGAACGUGUGUGGUUAAAGGUGAGCUUUGAUAAUCCCAGUCUAGCAGAGUCUUUUCUUGUAUAUCUGUCUGCUGAUGGAUCCCUCCCAGGUAACUCUCAGAGACCUACAGUUAUUGCCCACUUGACCGAUGUGAUGGGACAGAACCACUCACUGGGUAGCUAUGAGCUGUCUUGUCAGAAGAAUCCACUAGUAUUGAGUGGAUUGAGCAGUACAAAUGCCCUAAUAAACAGGGUGGUUUCACUGACCCUUAACUUCUCAUCGCCGUGGGUAGGGGUGUCUGGCGUAUUAAUGAGAUCCCCUGUUAAUCUCAGUCAUCCAUGCUUUGGGUGUAACCAGUCCCAAAAUGGAAAGACAUCCAGCUCCUGUACACCUCUUAAUGUUGCCCAUGGCUCAACUCAUUGCUUCUCUGAUAUGGGUGGACUUAACCGGUGUGUGGUGACAUGCGAGGAAGGACAUAUACUCAAUGCAGUUGGCAAGCAUGGACAGAGUAUCUUGCAGGGAGUAAUGCUAAGCUGCUCUGCUGGUCAGUGGGACUUAUCUGUAACCUGUAAACCUCGGGAGUGUGGUACUCCUGAUCCAUCAUUAGUGUUCCAUUCUACCUUUGCUUGUCUAGAUGGGACAACUUUUGGAAAACAGUGCUUCUUUCAUUGCCUUCCACCAGCCAAAUUUCAAGGACUAAGUCCAUGGAUAACCUGUAUGUCAGAUGGUCUCUGGUCCCUCCCAGAGGGAUACUGUAAGCUUGAAUGUGAAGCUCCUUCAGCCAUUCCUCAUGCCAGACUACUCACUAACCACUGUCUUCUUGGUAAUCAUGAUGUAGGAACAGUUUGCCGAUACAAGUGUAAACCAGGCUACCAUGUGGAAGAAAGUUUUGAAAAGAAACCCAGAAGGAAGUUACUGAAAAUACAAUGUUUACACACCGGUCUCUGGUCUUUGGGCCAAUGUGUUCCUGUGAUGUGUGAUCCUUUGCCCCCAAUUCUCCAGGGCAUGUACAACUGUACCCGAGGACUUGAGGUGGACAGUAAAUGCACUAUGGACUGUAGCACUCACAUGGUAUCAACAGUCUGCAAUAAAGAUGGUACCUGGACAGAAAAGCUGAGCCUAUGUGAGGGUCUGCAAGGAACAUGCAAGCCACCUUUAGAAAUAAACAAUAUUUACUACACGUGUGAUGAUGGACAUAAUAUAGGUUCUUUCUGUACAGCCUCGUGCAUUUAUCAGCCCAGUGAUCCAGUUGUUCUACCUGAGAAUACGACUGCAGAUGCUAUGGAACAUUGGAUGAACCCAAUCAAAGUGGAGAGCAUCAUGUGCACAGGAAACCUGAAGUGGUACCCAGAGCCCACUAUACUACACUGUAUUCCCUCCUGUGAGCCUUUUCAAGGAGACGGCUGGUGUGAUACCAUUAAUAACCGUGCAUAUUGUCAGUAUGAUGGUGGAGACUGCUGUGCUUCUAGUUUGUCAUCUCACAAGGUAACACCUUUUGCUGCUGAUUGUGAGGAUGAUGAAUGCAGCUGUCGUGACCCACAUGCGGAAGAGAACAGAACUCAUUAACUAAAUGUUCCACCUUAAGUUACAUACAAAAGAGAAGACUACACAUCUACUUGCUGCUUGGAGUCCUUCUGCAGAAAGGUCAUAGGCAACAACUGUUUGUUAACCUCACCCGUGCAACAUGACUAUGGGGAUAGGGGAGCUCCCAAGAGUGGACGGAUAUAAAGCAGAUAUGUGAAGCUUGGAUUAAUCACUUCAGAUCUGAUAAAAAAAAAAUGGAGCUAUAAAACUAAACUGCACUACUUUGGAAAAAUGUUGCAUGAUGGCCAAGUCUAUGAACCUGAUACAAACUGAGAAGGUGCAAAACGCGUUGUUAUCUUUACCUCUUUAUUUACCAAACGUAGACAGAGAAUCUGCUGAACAUGCAAUAAAAGUGGACAAUGGAGAGCAGUAUCUUUUCUUGCAACACAAACUUGAGCCUAAAUAGAACAUCUUUGUGUUCGAAUGACUUAUCCUUUGGCAUGUACAUUAGAAAAUGCAGUGUCCAUGUCGGGGAAACAUAGACAUUGCUACAUCAUGGAAUUCCACAUACUGCUCAAGCAUAAAGGGGAAUCAAUAAUCACCUUAUUCAUAAACACACUGAUUCGCUUUAAAUGAGAAGCGCCACCUUAAUGGAAAAUGCUGUUUAUAGAAUACUGUUGAUAGAAGCAAUUAAAAAUGUGUUAUUUUAUAUCCACUGAAUUAUCUUUACCACAUAUUAUUUUGAGAAACUCUAUACAAUGAUUUGAAUUUAUUUCUUAGAGUAUAUACUGCAUUUUAAAAUAAAUGAUGUCAGAAAAACAAAAAUGUGAAUAGGACAGAUUUUGUUUAUGUUAACCCAUGUUCCCAUUGCAUGGAGGGGCAAUUUAUAGUGUAUCUGAUGCUAUAUUUACGUAUAUCUAUUUUGGAAAGUGCAGCACAGAAUUGUAAUGUUUGCAAAAAAAAAGAUGCUCUGCAUCUUCUAAGUACUUUCCAAUAAUAUUCCUUAUAUAAUACCUUCAUUCCUUGUUCUACCUUUUUAAGACUGAAAUAUAUCCCUUAAUGUAAGUCCAUCCAGCUGUAUAACCACUGUAUCAUUUAUUCUUUCCCCUUUAUUAGAAUAUAUUCAUUUUUUUUUUUUUAUUU